GGAAUGAAAAUGCUUGAGCAUAAAUAACUCAUACGGCGACCUACUCUAAAAAUAGAAGAAUUAGGGAGCUCUCUGGUGGGCAAAAUUUUUGAUUAAUAUAAUUGUGAUCUUAUUGUACACCAUAAAACUGUCGUCAAAUUUUACACAAUGAGUAAACGUAACCAUCUACAAGAUAUAUUUUUGGAGUUCGACUGGAGAAAGAUGUUCACCUGGAGCUACAUGAAGGGGCUAAUACUGAAUCCGACGCAGCUUUGGUUCGUGGCCACACUGAUCAUCGCUACUGAAUUGGUCGUGAACGUGUUAGUGAUUGAGCGCGUGCCGUACACCGAGAUUGACUGGAAAGCGUACAUGCAAGAAUGUGAAGGCUUCUUGAAUGGAACUUUAGACUACAGCCAACUCCGUGGUGACACCGGCCCCUUGGUAUAUCCAGCAGGAUUCGUGUACAUAUAUUCAUUGUUUUAUUUCCUUACAAGUCAGGGUACAAACAUUAUUCUGGCCCAGUAUUUGUUUAUAGUUAUCUAUUUGUUGCAACUUGUGCUUGUUCUUAGAAUUUAUAUUAAAACUAAGAAGGUCCCACCAUACGUCAUGGCAUUUACUAUUUUAACAUCUUAUAGGAUUCAUUCUAUUUAUGUACUGCGUCUGUUCAAUGACCCAAUUGCUGUAUUAUUCCUUUAUGCAUCAUUAAAUUUGUUUUUAGAAGACAAUUGGUUCUUGGGUAGUGUUUUCUAUAGUUUAGGAGUUUCAGUUAAGAUGAAUGUACUACUUUAUGCUCCUGGAUUGUUCUUCUUCUACUUGAUAAAUUUAGGCUGGUUUAAAACUAUGCAACAACUAGCUGUUUGUGGAUUAAUCCAGUUAAUACUUGGUGCACCAUUUUUGUUCAGCAAUCCGAUAGCAUAUUUAAAAGGUAGCUUUGACAUUGGUAGAGUUUUCAACCACACUUGGACAGUCAACUACAGGUUUUUGGAUGUUGAUAUAUUUGAAAACAAGUGCUUUCAUUUAACUUUAUUGGCAAUACAUGUUAUACUUCUUCUAAUUUUUUUGCCUUUGUGUACAAAAUAUUUUCAAACAUACUGUCGCUUAAAGUAUGUACAAAAACAAGUGCAACCUCAAAUUGAUUUAGAAAACAAAAUAAAUCAGAGAAAAAGUAAAAUUAAAAGAGAACAGAAAGUUAAAGCCGAAUUAGAAGUUGAAAAAUUAACCAAAGAACAAGAAGAAUUUUUGAACUCAUUUGAGAAUAUGUUGCAGAAGUCUUCUCAAAAAAGUGGGAAGAAGACUCACAAAAAGCCUAUUGAAGUGAAAGAACCCAUUAAAUACCACAUUAACUUUGAUAUCUUGUCUCAGAUGUUCAUACUUCCCAUGUUUAUAGUGAACUUCAUAGGCAUUGUGUGUGCACGGAGCCUACAUUAUCAGUUCUACUCAUGGUACUUCCACAGCUUGCCAUAUUUGUUGUGGUCUACUAAUUUUUCGAUCAUUUUUAAGUUUUUAAUCUUAGCUCUUAUAGAGUUUUCAUGGAAUACUUACCCAAGUACUGUUUUAUCUAGUAUGUUGCUUCAUUUUUGCCACUUGAGUAUAUUACUUGGGGUGUAUAAAAAAAUCUCAGUUGAACUUAAACUUGCUGCCAAAGUCCAAUAAAAAUAAAAUCUUAAUUAACUGAAAUAUUCUUUAUUGCACCACAAAUAAAACAGAUUCAAGACAGAUUUAAUAUGUAAAUAAAGGUUGCAACGGGCAGUCUUAUUA